AUGGCCAGCGACGCGGCCCGGGAUGCCUUACGGCUACCCCGCGAAGAGGCUGUUAUCAACCAGGGCCUCGAGGAGCUCUCGCUGACCCCAAACUCUGGGUCACCACCAAGAUCACCGCCUCCGCCGGCGUCUUUGUCGACAAGGAUUACCAGCAACGGUGUUGUAUCCAUAGAUAUAACGUCUAGAUUUACGGCUGCAGCUUCGACUCUUGAACCGGGAGACAUUGUCAAGGAUGGCUACUUUACACUUUUCGAGUCCGUUGGUGCCUUGGAGAUAAUGAACCCGAAAAUGGACAGCGGCUGCGUCUCAGCGGAAGAGUUGGUGGACAAUGAUCACCAGCAACUUAUGCGCUCGCUGCUUCCGGCCGAAGUGAUUGGCAUUAUCGAUCAGCUUUUAUCUCAUGCCGUCCUUCGAGCAUACUGCAUCGCCGUGAUAAAGACGGUGGGAGAUAUUAUUACCAGCUUCAAAAGUGAAGUGUACUACGAGGAAGAGGACAUUGCGACAAACACGUAUCACUUGUCUCUGCUCGAAGACGUGGGCCGCGACGAAAUCCGCCAGGUGCUCCAGGAAGCGCGCGCGGCCAUCGUCGAAGUCGGGGACGCUUGGGCGGACACCGUGUCUCUGGCCCUGGAGGCACGGCUUGACUUCCGCGAGACGUUUCUCACGGCCAUUGAGCUGGCCGAACUGCGGAUACGCCCCGAUGCCUUGAAAGUACCGUGGACGCAAAUGACGGACGCAGUCAAGAACAUUAAAGAGUCCCACGAUCUAGGGAUUGCAGUCCCUGCGGCAUUCAACACGAAAAUGCAAGGCCUUUUGGCCAGCACUAUGCCUCCACGGCCGAUUGUGCAGCCCAGUUUCGAAGACGCUGUUGAGCAAUGGUCUCGGUUCUCCACGGACGGUGCUGAGGCGGUGGGCAUCCUCGCGUACGAAGAUCCCCAAAGUUUACUGAAUUUUGUCCUUACGUUUCAAGCCAAGAAGCCACAGCCGCUCGCGUACAUACGGGUGCUAAUGCAAAGUUUCAUCUUUGCUGAAAACAUCAUGCUUGGCGAGCAUAGCAUACGACAGAUUAUGGACGACGACCUGUCGAUCGUGGUGCUUCCAGCCAACAUUCUUCUUGACCCGAUCAAUGACGAGAUCGAGGUGGCCAGGGACCCGCGCUUUGCUCUUGCCAAACAUAUGGAGGAGUUCCGGAUACGGUCGUUCCCCGCGUACCUGGAAAUCUUUCGAACGCUCUGCCAGAAUCGAAGUCGUGCGCGGCGUAUGAUGUGCCACAUUCUCCACGAGUGGGAGCGCGUGCAGAUGGACGUGGAAGAAAUUGACAACCUCGUGGAGUCAACCCUAAACGAGAUCCCGGAGAAUAGUCUCUUGGCCGGUACCGGGCCCGGCGACAAGCCGCUGCCGCUUUCUUCGUGGGCCUUCCUCUACAAGAUCCGGCUGAUGGAGUGGGUCGUCCAGCUCGGCUUUGAGCUAGAAAUCUACCAAGCAGACGAGCUAGCCGGCAUGUACUGGUACCUCAGCUACCUCGCCAAGAGGCGAGUGAUGCACUGUGAGCGCAUCCGAGGCUUCACGCUGCGCAGCCAUGGAGAGAUGCGGCAGCGGGGUGGCGGCCGGGCCUUGCCGGGCGACCAGGAGGCCGUGAUGACGAAAUCGCUGACGUUUUUGCGGACGAUGAUGCUCGAUGCGUCCGUGACGUGGGAGCUGGCCGAUGCACUGUCCUGUCUAUACGCCGCGCUGCACCGCACGGGGCUUCUCAAGACUCCUGUGCGGCCUUACAGCACGGACGAGUUGCGGUACGAGCUUCGUAUGCGGCCCUUUGCGGCCAUUGGACUACCUGCGCUGCCGUCCUUUGAGACGUUUCAGAAGGAAGCGCAGCAAAGCACCUCGAGUAUCAAGGCCAUUCUGGACUAUGCCGAGAAAGCACUGGGUGGCGCCAAGAAGGGCUGCGAGGCGCUAACGCGCUUCACCGAGGCAGAAGCCUUUUCGGCCCAUCACCACGAACGGUGGCUGUCAGGCACCAAGGGCAUGCACAAAUCGGCGAUAUUUGCGGGCCUCGCGGUUGCAUCUCUUAAGCGGGAGGUGGUUCGGGUCGAAAUGGAUGCCCGUAAUAGCGUGGGCAACGGAGCAGAAAGCGACGUAGGAGCGGCGGCACUGAAGCUCACGGCGCAGGUCCCGAAACCUGACAAGUGCUACCAUGAGUGGUGGAUCGUCCCAAAGGUGGCAUCAGCCACGUCGUCGUGA